CCGCCACCACCUCCACCACUCCAGAGAGAGAAGAAAGCUACAGUGAUGUGUAGUCACUGUGGAAUCAUCCUUAAUAGACGAAACCUACGACUGCACAUCCUAAGACGACAUGCUCCUAUAAAAUCAGACAUAACAGCCAGGAACCACCUCAGUGCUCAUUGUGUUGACUACAAAAAUGGUGUGUUUGCAGUCUCAAAGUCUUUCACGGCACCCAGCACACCAAUACAUGUCAUUAAAAGGACGUGGGGUCCUGACCAAAAAAUUAAAUGUGAGAUGGACAUCUGCAGAAUUAAUGCAGAGUGUGCAGAGAGAUCAAAUCUCCGUCCAUUUGAGUGCCACCACAUUCAAUCCCUCACGUACUGUCCACCAUCCGAAUCAGACACUUCAUCUCUCACAGAAGACGUUUUAGAUACUAUGGUGCGAGACAAGUGGUUUGGUGAGGAUAAAAAACAAAAAUGUUUGGCACGUCAGCAAGAGGCAAAUGAUGUGGGAGCCAAGUUAUCAUGUGUGGUGACUGUGUGUGGACCUCCCUCCAAAAAGUAUGUUUCUGUGUUUGAGGGAAAGAUAUCGUAUUAUAGCAGACUUGGUAGAGUCAUGGUCACAUAUGACUCUAAAAACAUUUCAUGGCAUUGCCCAUGUGCAAGACCAAGACAGUCCUGCAUCCACAAAAUGAUUGCCAAGUGGCAUUUGUUUGAAACUGACCCCACACUCUUCAGAAGAACCAGAAGUGUGGAAGAAAACUUAACGCAACAUUUUCCCACUGAAGUUGAAGGCACUGAUCAAGCCGAACAGAGCCAAUACCCACCUGAGGGCAAAAAUCUUUCAAGGAUGGUUCAGUACAUUUUUCACAAGAAGAAACUGCCUGCUGUGCUACCCCCAGAUGUGGUCAAGACCAACAAUUUUCCUGAGCAUUUCAUACCAUCAGAAACCUUCUGCACAGAAUGUUUAGAGCAUACUCCUCUAAGUGAACCACUGCUCAUAUCAUCAAAGGCCAAAAUCUUGACCGUCACAGAUGUGAUAGAAGGAAUUUCUACGUACAGCAAAUUGUGCUACAGAUGUGGCAUGGUAUAUCGAUACCAGGAAUGGUCUGAUGGCGUCCAUAAUUUUGAUGACCACAUACUUCUGUCCAUGUACAUGUGCCAUUUCUUACGCAACAGUCUUCAGACGCACCAGGCUGUUGGUAGUGCCAUUGAAGUGUUGGAGAAAACCUCUGGUAAAACCUAUCCUUCCAAGCAAAGGAUCCUGCAUGCCUACUUGAGCUUUGAAGCACUCUCAGACCUCACUUACACAUAUUCAUGUGUAUCGUGUGGUUAUCAUCCAGCAACUGUUGUGAUGGACCUUCAUAAGAAGGGUGUUUUUAGCAUGCCUGUAAGCAGCAUUGAGGAACCGCCACAGAACUUUGAUGGCAAAGUGAAUGCUAAGGAUUUCUGGGAAAUGGUUUCUCUUGAAAUGAUCAGUCGUGGGUUUGUUCAAAGUCCUAAGGCAAAUCCUUUUGUGGUCCAUCCCAGUUACCAUAAUUGGGCACCGUGGAUUGGUCCUCACACUAGAGGUUCGGAUUUUGUACUCAACACAGAGUACAAAAAAGUCCAUUCUCCUUAUAGUGCAGUGAAGGAAGCAGAGUUUGACCUCACAGAGGACCGACUGACCGAUGAACUUCUUAAGCUCAAGAUGGAAGUUGUGCGUUCUCUGUGCAAGCAGUGUGGCAUAGACCCCAAGGGCUCACGGAUGGACUUGGUUGGAAGACUGCAAAAUGAAAUGAAGAACAGAGCAAGUUAUGACAAGUUGUUUUCACAGAUCUGGGGAGCUUCUGGUGGAUGGGCUGUGGUCACCUGUCCUUGUGCUGUGGUGUACAGUGUAAAAUUUAACAUAAGAGCUGAGAGCCCAAGGGACUUUGCUGAUCUGUUGCUGUCAAUGAAACAUUUUCCAAAUGUUUCAUUGUAUGAUUUUGCCAGAGGGUUGGCUACACAUACAAAUUUACGCAAACCGGAAACAUUGCCUUUCAGUCCUUAUGAGGGUAGGCUGCUUGAACCCACUGAAGAAAACAUCACACUUGCCACUACUGGGCAGAUAAAAGUAAACUUGCCGUGGCUGGUCAACAAGAAGCCUGUACCUGAUAAAAAUGCCCACCCUCUGACUGGAUCAUCUGAGCAUUAUGCUCUUUAUGAUCGAUUUCAUGAGGCUAACUCCAAAGAUGUCCGGGAGGUCUUGCGCAAGUUGGAACUGGUCCCAGAGUUAUGUGGUUGGGUCAACAGCCAAUGUGCCGAACAGCUCUUCUCUGGAAUGAAGAAAAACAAUCAUUUUCUAAAUAUGAUGACUCCCUCGUCACACGUCUUUUUGAUGCGAAGCAUUUUGAAUCACUACAACAACUAUAGGAAUUUAAAAACAUUAGAAAACAUGAAGAAGAAUUUGGGCAUUGGACUGGACAUACAAUUGAACAACUACGGUCAGACAGUGUUGGCAGCAGCAGAAGCUCCAGCUGAUAGAGCAGCAGCAGCAGAAGCUCCGUCCGAAGGAGCAGCAGCAGCAGAAGCUCCAGCUGAAAGAAUGAUUCAAGCUGCUGCAGCAGUCCAUGGACCUGUGCCAUCCACUGGAUCAGCAGGGGAUAUAGUAGUGUGCAAUGAUGACUGUUGGGGACUAUCGCAUCUGGACCACAUAAGUGCCAAACUCGCGACUGGGGACUUGGAGGUGCAUGUUUUACAGGGGGAUAUUUGUAUAUGCUUAUUGCCUGCUACCAGGCCCUUCCUAGUUGCAAAAUAUCAGGGUAGUAUUAUAACAGUAAUAUAUAUUUGUGUUUGUCCUAAUUUGAUGGUAUCUGCUUGUGUUCUUAACCAUGUAUCUUAAAAUGUGCUCUUUGUGAUACACAUGCAAUAUUUUUGUCUUUGUCCUUUCUUUUGUACAUGUGUGCGUGU